AUGAAUAAAAUUUCUAAACUAACAAAAAACACCUUCUUUGGACUUCAGACCCUGGAGAGUUUGAUGCUUGAACACAAUCCACUGAUGCACUUAGAAGCCGAAUGCUUUGCCCAUUUGCCCUCCCUUAGGAUUCUCCAUCUUGGGAAUCUGAAGCUUCCGAACACUGAGCCCUUUGGAAUGCAAGUUCUCAACCUGAGUCUCAUCUUUGGGGGCUUCCCUCGCAACCUGUCUGAACUCACCAUCACAUCUGCUGUGCGCCCUAUGACUUUGGUCAUCGCUGAUGACAGCACCCCAGAUGUGGACUUGAGUCUCACACUGUCCGGCCAGAAGAUUGUUUUAUGGGGAUGCAGGAGACCCUUUCUACAAUCUGUUACCAAACUCUAUGUUGUGACAGACUUGUUCAUUUGUGCACCUCAUCAAACAGUAGCAUUCUGUCACUUCACAUCAGUGGUCUCCUUGGAUUUUUCUCAGGUGCAUUCCAGCACUAUCCAAAGUCUCUCUUGCCUGAACAGGUUGGUGAAUUUAAAGCAUCUAGAUAUUCACCAUGUCAACUUUAUCAAUGAUCCAGGUGUCAGUCACAUGUUUUACAACUUGACUCACCUAGAGAGUUUGAGUCUUUCUCAGUGCUGGUUGGAUUCUUUGGAGGGCGAGCUCAGGCUGGAUCUGACCUCUCUGAAGUAUUUUUUCGUUUAUGAUAUACAGACAGAAGUCAGUUUUACAACAGGUUUCUUUGAGCACCUCACCAGCCUGAAGUCUGCAAUAGUCUAUGAUGUAAAACUGCGCUGCACCUGUGACAAUAUGUGGUUCCUCCAUUGGGCAAGGAAUAAGCAACAGACAGAGGUGUUUAUGUCAAACCCCCUGGACAAUCCUGUCCAGUGUUUGUCUGGGGGUGGGCUCCAGGACCUAGACAGCUAUGGCCAGGCCCACUGCUGGAUGUGGGGUCUGGAUGUGGGGUUUGUGUUGUUUGUCAGCACAUUGUGCUUCCUCCUGCUGUUCAUGACGGUUGUGCUGCUGCAUCAGUUGGCCAAAGACUACCUGCAGGCCUUCUACCACAUCGCUCACGGCUGGUUGAAUGAGGCACUGCGUCACCACCAGAACACCAGAGGGCGCUACUACCAGUAUGAUGUCUUUGUGUCUCACGCUGAUAAGGACGAGCGCUGGGUGAUGGAGGAACUCCUGCCCAACCUGGAGCGCAGGGGACCCCCAUUCCUGAAGCUUUGCCUGCACAGCCGGGACUUCCAGCUGGGGAAGGAUAUUGUGGAGAAUAUAACUGACAGUCUGUACAGGAGCCGCCGCACCCUCUGCCUGGUCAGCCGCCACUACCUGCGGAGCAACUGGUGCUCCCUGGAGAUGCGGCUUGGCACCUACCGGCUGCAGGUGGAGCACAGGGAUGUGCUGAUCCUGGUGUUCCUGGAGAAGAUCCCUUCUAACCUGCUCUCUGCCCAUCACAGGCUGGCCCGACUCGUCAAGACCAGGACUUACAUAGAGUGGCCUCAAGACCCAGCCCAACAGGAGGCAUUCUGGGAAAGACUGUGGAAAAAACUGUUGCCAGACAGGGUGCAAUGAGUCACCAUGUGCAAUUUUUGGAAUCCUUAUACUAUUUCAAUUCAACCAGAAUGUAGCAGAAAGUAUUGUGCAUAAAGAUAUUUACUAUAUUUGUUCAAAUCAUUUAAAAGAUUUAGGAUUGUUUUGCUUGAUUUUUAAGGAAAUGUAAUCUUCAGAUUUGUUUCUUAGCUUGCACUUCAUAACUAUUGUGUACAGUUAGUUUGAGAAUCACAUCAGCCAUGUAAGUAAGAGCGACCUGUGACAAUAUGUCAUAAUCUCAUAAAAUAUGUAAUAAUAUUUACAGUUGGCUCUUUCUAUCAAUAUUGAGUAGUUUAUGACAUGUAUUUGAAUUGUUUUGUUUGGUUGCUAAUUUGAAUAACAAAGAAAUU